GAUAACUCCAUAACCCAACCACCUCCUCUCUCUCUCUCUCUCUCUCUCUCUCUCUCUUCGAUCUUUUUACCCAAUCUUCCUUUCGCUCUCUCUCUAUAAAUCUCUCUUAAUCUCGCACGUUUUGUCGAUUCUCCAACGAGCGAGGGUUUUUCUAGGGUUUCCAAACACACCUUACCCUCUCUAUCCAAUUGCGAUUUUGUUUUCUUUGCCUCGAAGAGCCACGUUUUGUGUUCGACUCUUUCUCUUUGGUACCGUUAAUCCAGGGUUCCAAUUUUGAAAAAAAGUUACUCUAGGGUUUAUUAAUUCGUUUGGCCUCUUUACGUUUGGUGUUCCAUCCGGGGUUUAGCGGGUAUAUUAGGUUAUUGAUUUCAUUCUUUCCGCUUGUGUUUCGUGGCAUUCGUUUUGAAUGUUGUCGAUCUGGAUCAAUUGCUGAAUUCAUCUUAACGUCGCUUGCGGUUAAUACGUGAAUGGUUAGAUUUGUUUUGCAAUCGAUUUUGAAACUCGAUUCGUAGAUUACAUGUUAAUUGGUUAGAUAUCUGAUAUAACCUACAUCUGACAAUUCUGAAUCGGAAACAUUUGAGUUUGUUUGAUACAUUCAUACUUCUCAAGAUUCUUACCUGGCAUCUCUAUCUGAAUAUGAGUUUUGAAUAAGUUUGCAAGUUAUGGGUAUUUAUGAACAUCGGGAGUUGAUGCUUUCAGCUCUUGGGGAUUGAGUUUUAUGGCACCUACUUUUCCUGUAGAGUUUGCUGGACAAAGAGUUUCAAAGAAGUUAUCAUCACAAAACAAUUUCACUCAAAUGAUGGGUAAAAUAAGGAAAGUUUCUAAAGGCUACUCACAUGGGUUUGUACCAGACUACCGCCAUGCGGUUGACACCAUGGCCAACUCUGAAGGAUUUGGUAGCUCAGGGCGUCUUGACACUGAAAUGACCGCUUCAGAAGAUUCUUGUGCGCCAAACAGGAAGUCUCUUAACUUGAAUCCUGAUUCUUCCCAACACUUUGGUGUUCCAAUUCAAGUGUUGUCUUUAUCAAAGCUGUCAAGUGUUGAGAGGAAAGAAUUAGGAUUGAGAUUGAAACAUGAGCUUGAACAAGUUAGAACAUUACAGAAAAACAUUGGAAUGGUGAGCGCAAACUCAAAUGCAGGGGUUUUGUCACCAUCUGAUGUUCAUAGUUGUAGUGCUGGACAAAGGAGACCCAUUCCUGAAUACUCUAGAUCUAUGUCCCUACCAAUGCCCAAGAGAAAAGGUCCACCUGGCCGGAGUGGUGGGUCCCGGUCAAAGAAGAGUGGGUCAGCCCGUGUGGAAUCUACAAAGAAAGCAUUACCUCCAACUUCUGGGACUGGGAAUGCCAUGUUGAUGAAGCAAUGUGAGGCACUAUUGACUCGGUUGAUGGGGCAUAGUUUUGGUUGGGUGUUUAAUACUCCUGUUGAUGUAGUAGCUCUAAAGAUUCCAGACUAUUACACUGUUAUUCAGCAUCCAAUGGAUUUGGGGACAGUGAAAACAAAGUUAAUGUCGGGCAGAUAUAUGGAUCCAUGGGCUUUUGCAGGUGAUGUUAGGCUGACUUUUUCAAAUGCAAUGACAUACAAUCCACGUGGGAAUGAUGUGCAUAUUAUGGCUGAAACAUUGAGCAAGUAUUUUGAAGUCAGAUGGAAACCAAUCGAGAAGAAGCUGUCAGUUGCCACAGAGGCAGUGGUUCCUAUGAGACAGAAUGUUGUAGAAACUGAAACUGAAACUGAAACUCCCAUUUCCAUGCCCCCCUACAAGAAAAAGAAGACGACAUCUUUUGGUAAUGAAACAAAGCAAGAAGCUGUUAAGAGGACAAUGUCAGAUGCUGAAAAGCGUAAACUUAGCCUUGAAUUGGAGUCUUCAAUAACGGAUUUACCUGAAAGAAUUAUUGAUUUCCUUAAAGAGAACAGUUCACAUGGGAAUGCAACAGUGGAGGAUGAGAUUGAGAUUGAUAUUGAUACCCUUAGUGAUGAUACUCUGUUCAAAUUGAGGAAGCUUUUGGAUGACCAUUUCGUGGAGAAACAGAAAAACAUGGUUUUGUUUUUAGAAAGAGAGAAACAGAAAAACAUGGUUAAAGAUGAAACUUGUGAAAUUGAGCUUCACAAUGAGUCAGGGUUCAGCAACUCAUCUAUGCAAGGAUGCAAAGUUUCAGCUAAUGAAGGUAAUGAAGAGGAUGUGGACAUUGGUGGAGAUGAGAUACCUAUUUCAAGCUUCCCUCCAGUAGAGAUAGAGAGAGACACAGUUGUGAGGAACAGCAAAAGCAGUAGUUCAAGUAGCUCCAGUAGUGGUUCCGGAUCCGCAUCUAGUGAAUCAGAUUCAGGGAGUUCUUCAGGCAGCGAAUCAGAUGAUGCAAAGGCUCCAACCAUUGUCAACAAUGCUAAGGACACAAUGACAAUGGGCAGUGAAGUUAAUAAUACGGAGCAAAUACCUGUUCCUGAUGAUGCAAAAGAUUGUGUAAAUGGGGAGCAAAAGUGUGAUGCAGGUGAAAGUGAAGGGCGUCAAGAGGGGGAGACCGUUUUGCUGACACCAUACUCAAGGGCCCAAGAAAAAACCACCGGAAAGGUUGAGGAGCAGGACAGGGAGAGGUUGAGGCUUGAGAAGGAGGAAGUAGAAAAGAGAAGAAAACAAGAAAAAGCUCGAUUGGAAGCAGAAGCAAAGGCUGCAGAGGAGGCGCAGAGAAAUGCUGAAUUAGAAGCUGCAGCUGAAGCCAAAAGGAAGAGGGAACUUGAAAGGGAAGCAGCACGUCAGGCCAUACAGAAGAUGGAAAAGAUGGUUGAUAUAAAUGACAAUUCUGGGUUUCUGGAUGAUUUGGAAAUGCUAAGCGUAGCACCUGCACAGCCUUUAGAAAGCUUGAUAGACGAAACUAGUGCAGACUGUGGUCUUGGUCUGGUGGACCCGAGCCCUCUUCCUUUAGGUUUAGGAGGAGGAGGAGGGAGUGGCAGUGCCUUCAGCUUUGAUGGAAAACGUAAUCCAUUAGAGCAGCUUGGUUUAUACAUGAAAGAUGAUGAUGAAGAUGAAGAGGAAGAUGAUCCAGAGGAAGGAGAGAUCGACUGACUCAACACUUUCUUCAUUCAUACAGCCAGAGGAUAAGAUAGAUUUUUUUUUUCAAAGUCAAAGUCAAAGAGGAUGGAUGUGAGUUUUUAUUUUGGCCAUGGAAACAAGCAAAGUGCAUAUAUAUAAUGAUAACGGAUUGCAGAUGGAAUGGAAACCACUGAUUGUAUUUCUUUUGGCGUUGGUUUAUUGUGUAUGGACGGAAUUCUUUCUUUGUAGCAACUACUGGGUAUGUUCACUUGCAACAAAUGCAAGUUUUUUUUUUUACUGUGCUCUCUGAGUUUUAUGGGAGGGAAAAGAAAAUUUACUCGGUAUAAAUUUUUAUGAAAUAGCAACCUUAUGUUUU